UUGCAUCGUCGCGAAGCAUGUAUUAACUCAGCUGAUCAAUUACAAUAGUAGAUCUUUCUGAGUUUCUAUUCUCACCACAUGGGCCGUGCUUUCGAGUGCAUACUACCAACACGGUUAACUAGAGUUCGAUGAUGCGACGGUAGGCCGAUGUCUAAGCGCCGCCACAGUGUUCGUUUCGGGAGCUCAGAUCAGAAAUUGAGGCAUAAGGCUGCCAAAGCUGCGAGAACGAGAUCGCCCGCCCACUUUUAAGGCUUGACGAUCGAGGAUCGUCCCGAUGCCCCGCCAGUGUAGGCAUGAAUGACAUCGUCAUAGCUGAAGAGCACAUCACCUUUUUUCUUCUAUACCUGAAUUUCGUCCAAAUUCCACUUUUCCACUUUCACAAUCCUAUUGGAUCUAGAUUGAUACUUCAAUCGUGGAACUAGCUCCAAAGAGUUGACAUCGCGAUGGAGGCCCUCGGUGCCGCGUCCUCUGUAGUCGGCAUCGCUGAUGUGGGGAUCCAAACAUCGCUGCGACUCAUCGCAUUUGCAGGCCAAGUGAAGACUGCGCCCUCCUCCAUCAGCAACAUCGCGGAAGAUAUUUCCCUGACGGCCAAUAUCUUGCAGCAAUUGGGGGAACUGAUGAAGCAGAAAGUACCCCCAGCAAAGGGCGAGGGUUCGGGACAAGAAUAUUCUAGCGAGAGGGACUCCGGGAAUAGCCUCUUCAGUGAAAGUGGGCUUAAAACCGCGGAGGCCCUGGGGAAUCGGUGUAAAGAUCUCUUUAUGGAUGUUGAUCAUGAGUUGAGGAAAGCGAGUAAACAGAUCAGCUCUCGUGGGUUCAAUGAGGGGGAGAAGAUCAAGCUUUCCACGACGGAACGGCUCAAGUGGCCGUUCUUCCAGCCGCGGAUAAAGGAAAUCCGUGGGGAUUUGGGAGAGGCUAAACAGUCGUUGAUGAUGCUUCUGCAGGUUACAAUGCUGGCCUACUCUAGAGCCGUGACGCAAAGUGGUAAUUUGAAUUCUACGCAGAAUUCAAAGAUUAUUGUUAUCAAUCCUGAUGAGCAAAUCUCCCUGAUCAGAUCGAUUGUGGCUGCAGAGAAAGCGAAGGCUGGUCGCGGCGGGAAAGGAGAUCCUGAUAUUGGUUUUCUCACUGGCAACCCAGACAAUGAGGAAGACACCCGAGGCCCACCACCUGAAUAUACACACCCGUCUUUUGGAGUAACUACGGCUCCGAUACACCAAGGAUGUCGAGGAGACGAUGAUGACAGUCAUGAAAGGUUAGGCAGGUAGCUACCUUCCGCAUAAUAUAUCGCUAACAAUACCAGGAGUCCACCGCCAUCGCCUCGGUAUAUAUACGACAACAACCCAGCUUCUAUGGUCGAGGAGUUAUCAGCGUGGGAAA